UAUUUUGUUUGUUUGACUUUGGAUGUCGCACCAAGCGAUCGUUUUCACAUAGCUUCCAUUAUUUGUCUUCCUUCCAUUCUAAAAAGCUCAACGGUUUUGUUCAGUAUGCGAUGAUAGGAAGAAAUUGUCCCCGUAACAAUCGAGUCGCAUCUCGUGAUCUUCAGGAAAUUCACCGACUGGCGUAAUAUUUGAACAUAACCGCUCCACCAGGUAUCUUGCAAGCUGAGUAGAGAUCAUGGAUUGCGAUGAUAUAUUGCGCCAUGUGUGCGAAGUGAUGAAAAGGAUUUACAUUCAUUCGUACAAGGACGAAUUCAACGACAUCAGUGACGACUGUACACUGUCAUCUACAGAGGACGGUGUACCAAUUCGAAAAUUAUUCAUUGGCAAUCUGGCCCAAAGGACGACUGUGAAAGAUCUGCAGAACGUUUUUUCAAAAUAUGGUAAACUCGAUGGCUGCUUUUUGAAACGAAAUUCUGGAAAAAGUAAUUAUGCUUUUGUUACAUUCAGCACAGUCGACGACGCCAUGAAAGCCAGGCAUGACGGCAAUCGCAAAGAAAUACAUUUACAUAAUCGAGAUUUGAGGGUGAUGCCAGCUGACUCGUGGCAUCAACCGGAUAAUGUUGAAAAUCAAAGAAGUCUACUAAUCACAAAAGGAAAAGCAGCAAAUAAUAUGGAAACUGGUUCUACGGACUCAUGUUCAUCCCCAACUAAGGAAUUAAUCGACGACGAUUCCCCGAUACAAAAAUUAAACGACGACUGCCUGAUGCAUAUGUUCCUUUAUCUGCCAAUUAGUGACAGAGUAAGAAUUGAAAGAGUAUGCAAGCGCUGGUACGCUGUGAGCCAACAAUCCUGGCAGGCUGUGAAAAGACUGGACUUGAAACUAUCUACUUGGGGCUUCUUUUCUGAGAAAGGAGUUCAAGGUGUCAACACUUCGGUCUUGCGUAAAGUUUUAUUACGCUGUGGUCGAUUUCUAAAUCACGUCGAUCUUUCUCAAUCGUCUAAUUGUCCGUUACGUCGAAGUACACUAACCAAUGUUGGCAAAUAUUGUCCCAACCUUCAAAGCUUGGACACUAGAUCCCUAAAUAUUUCUUCAUCCGGGGUUGAGAAGUUAACUCUAAACUGUGGAGAUAUUAGAAAACUGAUCAUAGGAGCCAGCACAAGUUCCUGUGACAACGACUUGUUGAAAUUGUUUGCGAAGAAUACAAAAUUAAAGUACUUGAUGAUAGCGCAAAACUUUUUACUCAACGGAAAAUGCUUGACGUGGCUACCGGCUCAGGGGAUCGAAGAAAUUCAUCUGGUGGAGUGCAACGCAAUCACAUCGUGUCAUUUCUCCAAUGCCAUCCGGGAGUUCUCCACUCUAACUACCUUGGCAAUCGACAAAUGUGUGAGUCUCAAUGACACAGCCAUUCAAGCAAUCUCAUGUCUCGGGAACAGCUUGAGGAACCUAGAAAUCACUGGCUACUUUCCACUAUUAACGACGGCUGCAAUGUCUGAUCUCGCAAACCUGGGUAAUCUGGAGAGAUUGAAUGUUGCAUGGAAUCCAGUAGUGACGAACAAAUUUCUAAUAGCUUUAGCUACGCAGCGAGUUCCGAUCAAGCACAUCGAUAUCACCGGUUGCAACGCCGUUUCGGACGAAGGAUUAGCUGCGUUAUGGUCGUUGCAUCAUCUAAAUAAGUUGGUGAUGAGUUACAUGGGUUUAGUGACCGACGACGCUCUUGCCCAGAUGCAGCAGUUGAAAUAUCUGGAGUGUCGGGGUUGUCCGGGCAUUCAGGACGAAGGUGUGAGCACGAUGAUCCUGCUCUGCUCUCAGCUGGAAUAUCUGGACGUGUCCGGUUGCGAUCUUAUAUCCAACGAAGUAUUAGAAGUUGCCAUAAAAGAGACAAAGGCCAGAAAAAACAAUACGAUACUCAAGAUGAUAGUCGGUGGGACGUGCGCCACUCCUGAGGAUCUUACGGAGAUAUCUCCAUUGUUACAAAUAGUAAACGUUGACUUAUCCGACACUCACAAAAGGCCAGACUUUGACCACGGUGGAUUUUUCCCCUCCGAAGACGACGACAUCGACCAAGAUUCUGACGAUCUCUUCGACCAGUUCGACGGAUCCAUCGAGUACGACGAUUAUGAUCUCGAACCCGAGUGGGACCAGGAUGACUUUAUGAGCGGUAUGGACGUCUGGAAGGUGGUGUAACUUAUUUCUAGAUGAUAAGCUUAUGGCUAAGUGUUCAAUAAUAUCAUAUGUCCUAAUUUAUAAUAUACAACGUGCUAAGAUGUUCACGCAGUCAGGUGUGUGUAAGUGAUAAUGGAUAUUCUUUGUACGAUACUUCGAAUCGAUAUAAGUGUUUGAUGAAACCACGGCAGCGUCGAAUUUCAGACCUUCUGUCUGAAUUCAUAAGUAUUAUACUUACUAGACAUCCCUUUGUUUCCAUUUUUUUUUCUCCUCAUUUUUAUCCAAUCACUCGAUAUUGUGAGAUACUGAAUAAAAUACUGAUCGGCUCACGUGA